AUGCUAAAAUAUAUAAACCAAAGUAAAGUUUUGUUAUUAAGAAAAAUGAGUACUGUAAAUAAAAAUAUGUCUAAAAUAAAUCAAUUGAAUAAGGAUAUUUUUAUAGGUUUAAAGGAAAAAACAUCCAUAUUAAAAAAAGAAAAAUUAUAUCUAGAACUAGUUGAAGAGAAAUUACAUCUAACAAAUUUUGAAACGUCUUGCCCUUUAACACAUUUUACCUUAGCAUAUAAAAUCAAAAUCGAUACCAGUGGUGUUGAGCUUAAGGUUGCUAAUAAUUCUGGAGGAACAAAAAGGAAAAAUGAAGAAAAGAAUGAAAAGAAUGAAAAGAAUGAAAAGAAUGUGAAUGAUGAAAAGAAAGAAAAGAAUGUGAAUGAUGAAAAGAAUGAAAAGAAUGUGAAUGAUGAAAAGAAUGAAGCGAAUGUGAAUGAUGAAAAGAAUGAAACGAAUGCGAAUGAUGAAAAAAAUAAAACGAAUGUUAAUGAUGAAAAUAAUAAAGUCGAUUUUUAUGAUUCAUUUGUUCAAUUGAAUAUCCCUGUAUUGAAAAAUUUUGAAAAGGAUUAUUUUUUCAAACAUAUUAUUGAACUUAUUGAUUCACUUGCAGCAGAUGUAGUAUAUAGACAUAGUAUAGGUGUUUAUAAAAGAAAUGAAAAAUAUAAUUUCGUAACAGUAUUAUUUAAUAAUUUAAAAACAUAUGAAAAGAAUCUAUUACAUCAUGAUUUUUCAUUUGGUCUUCGUGAUACAUAUCCAUUAACAAUAAAUUGUUAUAUUGUAAACUCAGGAACAACAUCAUAUAUAUUAAAGGUUGAUUUCUUUCAACAAAAUAAUUUAGUCUUUGAUAUAUAUACAACAUUUGUUAAUGUGAAUUGUUUAACGUUUAAACCUCAACAAGUAGUACCUGUUUUGAACUCCUUGAAAGAUGAAAAAUAUGAAAAAAUCAAAACAUUAUGUUCUCAUAUAAAAGAUGUACAGAGUUUAUUUAAUUAUAAAGAUGUUAAGAGUAAAACAUUACAUCAAAAUGAUUAUGAUAUUUUAUCAAAUUAUUUUAAAGAAUAUGAAACACAAAAGUUAGAAUAUAUUAAAAAUAUAAAUGAAUGUACUAAUUUAUAUGAUAAUGAAGAAAAUGAAAUUGCAAAAAAUAGUAAUGAAAAUAUAUUAACAAUAUUUGAUUCAAUAUUAAAUUCAAAUGAUUUCUCUUUUUAUGCUGGAAAAGAACAAUAUGCAUGUAAAGAUACAUAUGUGCAAUCAAAUAUUUUUAUAUCAUCAGAAUUUAAGAAUAUACAUAAUUUUACAUUUGGUGGCCAUCUAGCUUAUUUAUCUUUUUGUCAUGCAAUGGUAGUAAUAAAAAAAUUUGUAAUAAAACCAAUACUAAAGGAAAUUAAUUCUAUACAAUAUAUUUUACCUGUCCCUGUCAAUACAGAAGUAUUAUAUAAAGGAAAGGUUGUAUAUUCUGAUCAGCAUAAAAUACAAGUCAAUGUAGCAACAUAUUGUUUUGAUUAUAAAAAAAAAAAUUAUUAUUUAACUACAAUCUGUGAUAUGUCAUUUGAAAAUAAUUCAGACAUAUCAUUUGUUCCUAAAUCACAAGAAGAGUUCAAAUUAUAUAUGUUAGGUUAUUUACGUUCACAAAUUUUAUCAUAA